CUCGCUGUCAUGCAUGCAGUCAGUUUCCGACCAACCGACCAGGCAGCAGCAGCGCGUACUCGGUGAAACCGCCGCGGCACUCGAGAACUGCGACGACGACGACAACGACCCCCGAAACAAAACGGACAAAAAGAAGACUGUUGUGUGUGCACCGCUGGAAACGGACAGCUUAUUUCGAGAAGGGAUUUUUUUUUCACGAGAAGAUUGGUGUGAUUUUGAUUGCGUUUGUGAACAUCGGAACGGAAAUUCUAGUGAGUGCGGGGUUUGGAUUGAUCUGGGGGAAACAAUAGUGCGUGUAGUUUUUCGAUUCCAAGUUUCUGGUGUCGCGUUCUUUGGCCAAACCGAAGAGAAAGAAAGAAGACGGGACUGUGCGCUAGUGUGAGUGUCCGACCGAAGACGAAUGCGUCGUCCCGUCCCGUGUAGUAAACCAGAUGAAAAGUGUUGUCGAUUUUUGGAUUACUGAAUAAGAUUUUCCCUGGGAAGAAUUUGGAUAAUCAGGAUAGUGUUCCGGCGUGGGUGAAGUAGCGAUUUUUCUACGAAUUUUUGGCACGAAACGACAUUAUUUUGGUGUGCAUGUGCCUCGUCCCUGAACAAGAACUCGAUUGGAGAAAAGUUGUGAAGUUGAAGAAUGAUUCAAAACAUAAGAAAACCGAAGUGAAGUGAUCGCGGAGUCAAAGAACCAGUGUGUUAUGCUACUUGAGAUCAGAGACAACGGGGCGCAAGAAGUGUACAAGUGUGAGUGUUUGUGUCUGCGGCGGCAAGCAAGAAGCAAGAAUCCAAGAGUAAAAGGCCACUGCUUCAUCAUCAGCAGUAGCAGUCAGCACCAGCAGUAAGGAAAUUUUCAUUUUUCCCCAAAAAUCGCGACUCGUUUUCCACACUAUAGUUUGCUGCUGGUUGGCUCGCGCGCGAGUAGUAGGCUAUUUUUGGUUCCAAGGAAAAUAAUUUGUGUUCCGUGUGCGAAUUUUGCGGCUGUUUUCCACCGCCACACCAUAUUAAUACCUACAACCGUGUGUGAUGAUCAUCAGUUCAAGGUGAAAGAAGGAAGGAAGGAAGGAAGCAGCAGCGCUGUUGCUUACUGCUGCUGCUGUGCAAACUCUUCGGCCGCCGUAGGUAUAGAGGAGGCUGUGUCUUGUGUUCGGUGGAGAAGAAUACGCUAGAUUUUUUUUAUUGUGUUGUUUCAUUACAUCCAAGCAACCCCAUCCCCGUUGUGAUCAUAACAAAAACAAAGAAGAAAACGACGACGACGACGACUACGAUCCAGGUUGGUUCCAGAGCAGACACAGUACACUACUACCAGCGAAGGAAAUCAUCCAAGUAGUCGUCGUGGAGGAAAGGUGUGCUCAACGCUUGCUUUGGGCUGGAUCGCAGUGGCGAAGUGGCGAGAGCUAAGAAAGCCUCCGAAGAAAUAAAAAGCGAAACGCGUUCGUUCAAGAGUUCGGGUCUUCCCCAAGAAGAGGCCCCAUCACUACAACUGGUGCAUAGAAUAGUUUUGUUGGAAGCGACAUACACCGAGGGGAACCAGGGGAAUAGUGUAGUGAGGGAAGGCCGGUUGGAAGAAAGAAGAGCCCACAGUCAGGAAAUAACAAUUUAAUUGUUCUGGGAGAUCGGGUUGAUGGGUCUCCUCGAGCACUGCCGGAGCUACAGCUGUGAUCUGUUAUAGUAGGGGAAAAAGCGAGGUGGAAAACGAACCACCGGAGGAGAGCCUCGUCGAUUGGAAUUUGGCUGACUGUGGACUGACUGUCCGGCUCGAAUCGAUUUUGGCUGUAGUGCGGUGCAGAUUGACGCGGUACCGAGGGAACGAGAACUAUUCAAGGCGGCGUGUUUUCGUCCGUGGACUGAGACGUCUUGUUACAACGUUGAACGACAGGCCAGGAGGAGGAAGCCCGUUUUCCUUAUUUGGUAGAAAAAGAAUCGUUGGAAACGGUGGUUGUCGCAGCAAUCCAUGAGGUGGUAACCUUGCCAACGACAACGCGACAGAGAUAAGACAGAUCGAAGGAGGCGGCAGCAGAGAACACCCUCACUUCAGGCGAAAUCUCGUUCGACGCGUACACGCAGAGCAAAAUAUGACGACGACGACGGUUCGACGGCUUCGGGUGCCCUUGCCUUCGGGAACGGCCUCUCGGUGAUGAAUCACGGCCCCAAACUGGACCCUUCGCCUGCGCGCGUUAUACAAUGUAGCCGCCGGUUUCGGGAUUAAUCCCCAGCGCGCGUGCGCUCGUUACGUUUUUAUUACGUAAUUGCCCGUGACUCUGUGAUCUCUGUGCAAUCGCCUUUGUUAUACCGGAAGUAGCCCGCCCGUCGUUCUGAACCAUGGCCGAGAUGGACCCGCCCGGUGGGCCUCCAAUGCCGUCGGUAAGGACCUCCUCGCUGCCGGCACCUCCUCCGGUUCCACAACCGAGGAGCAUCACGGCCCAGGCAGUAGUGCAUCAACAAGCCCCAUCGCAGCAACCUCAGCUUCCACCGCAGCAGCAACAGCAGCAUCUUCAACCUCAAGUGAUCAUAGCAACCGGCGGCAGCGGCAUCGUUCCCCAGCAACCACCAUCUAGCAAUCAGAUCUUCAAUCCCUCCAACCCGACAGCGACAGGCGUGAAUCUCCCAGGCAACGCAGCCGUUCCGACUGGCCUACUGAGCGGACCGCGGAUUGUCGUUCUUCAUCGGCACAAUGGCGACUUUGGUUUCACGCUGCGGCACUUUAUCGUCUAUCCACCGCCGGAAGCAACUUCGGACCCCAAUACCGAUCGCCUAGCGGCCGCAGCCGGGAUGCCCAACUUUGCCCAACCGAUGGAUACGGUGUUCGUGAAAAAGGUGCACCCGAACUCGCCGGCUUUCCUGGCCGGUCUGCAGGAAGGGGACCGGCUGCUGGAGGUUAAUGGGCUGUCGGUGGCUCGGCUACCCUAUGCCCAGGUGGUCGCCACCAUUCAGCAGACGCCGAAGACGUUGACGCUGCAGGUGGUGCCGAAAAAUUACGAUCUGCUGCAGACGUACUUCAGCGAAACGGCCUACAACCCGGAAACGAACCAACGACCCCAACCGCAGCAGCUGUUCAUUCCAAAGGCGUCCUCGACGCCCAACUCGCGGUCCAGCAUCGCAAGCGGAGGAGGCAGCGGUGGCCCCGGUGUCCCCAACGUCGGCGUGAAGCGAGCACUAACGGACCAGGAGAAGCAGGAAUCACUCUACAGCACGCUGCAGGAGAUUGUCGAGAAUGCCGCCGCCAACAAAGCGAUCUACGCCGAGGUCCCGAAGAUCCGGUCGCCUCCGAUGGCGGCCGAAGCGCCCCAGCAAGUUCCGCAGCAACCUGCGCGUUCUGCCGCCGCCAAGCCGCUGGUGUUCGACUUCGAUCCCGUCAAGCAGCAGCACUUCCUGGCGCAGCAGCAGCAGCAGCAGAAGUUCCUGCAACACAGUAAGGACAGCGAUUCCAUAAGUUCGUACGAUUCGGUAAAAUCCGCCGCCACCCUUUCGGCCAACGAUGUCCAACUGAUGGGUGGCGGCGACAGUGCAAUAAUGUCCCGGCUGCGGAAGAGCUUCGAACAGAAGGAGGAAUUCCUGAGGCGACCGGCACCGGCCCCAAGUUCAGUGCCCGUGCCUUCUCAAUCCGGCGUCGUGGCUGCUCCGUUCGACGUCCAGCAGCGGGAGUUCUACGGUCGGCCCAAUCGGUUACAGAAAUCCGUGUGGCCACCGCCUCCUGUACAGCAGCAGCAACCUCCCCCCUCCAUAACUACCAUGCCUGUGAUAACCUCCAAUAACGACCACCACCACCUUCAAGAUUCCUUAGCCACCAAACCAUCGAAAAUGUCCUCCGGGACGCAAACGGCGGUGCCCUCGAAGCCGGUUCCGACGGCCACCGGCACCAAUUUGGCGACGGUCCGCGAGCAACAUUCGUCCCACCUAUCGGCCAUCCGGGAGCAGUUCUUCAGCGGAAUCAACGGCCUAGCCUUCGCGGACGGACCUCCCAAGUCCGCUCCUCCUUCGCUGGCCCUUCAGCGGGAACAACAGCAGCAGCUGAGCGGAUCGCAAUCGGCCCUUCCGCUGUCGCCGCACAGUAUGCACGUCGUAUCGGAAAAAGCCAAACUGUUCGAGCUGGGACGGCCCCUCUCUCCGGAUGGCGUCGAUCGCGCCGAGCUGUAUAAGAGCGAACUGAGCCGGAUCAACACCAAACAGGUGGUGGCCAACGUGGCCGUCCGGCGGAAAGAGUUCGAACUGAAGGCGGAGAGCACCGGCUGGCGACGGUCGACAGAAGAAAAACCUCGCUCGGUUAGCUCGGAUUCCGACUCCCGUCGGACACCGAUCCGGGUGCGAUCCCUCUCUGUCGAAUCAACCCACACCAAGGAUCUCUCCACGGCGGCUGCUGCGGCAGCGGCAGCGACCACAAGUGGCAGCAGUGACGAUCAGCAGCUCACCAUCACCAAGGAUCCGGCAUCUGGACCAAGUCCGGGAGUUUGUACCCUACUCCGACAGCGACCGGUUCGCGAGAACUCCUACCGCAAUGCAGUCCGUAACUCGACAGCAUUUUGGUUACAAGGACCGGCCACAUCCGGAGCAUUCGUACCGCCACCAUCAGCACUACUGGUCAGUCCCCCGUCCUCGGCACCUCCCAUCCAAUCCCACGCCUCGUUCCCCUUCUCCCCAUCCUCCCUGCAACCCCCGUCCCUGACGCCGAUUCCUCCCGCUCGUACCUACGCGGCCGCGCACCACCGGCUGCAUCCGCUCUCCGAGGAGCAGUUCAAGCUGCGCAUGCUCCACCGCAACCAGACCAUCGUCGAGGUUCACAGCCAACCACCAGCGGCGGCACAGCUGCAGACGGAUGACUCCGGUGCCAUCAGCACCAGCAGUUCCGACGAGGGUGGCGGAGGAAUGGUGGUGGUUGGACGAGUAGCGGCCGCCGGUGGUGCCGGUGCCGACAGCGACGUGGACAUGAAGCCGAUUUCCUUCGCGAAGAUCCAGACCGCAGUGAAGUCACCUCCGCCCACUUCCUCCGGUGCUCCUUCCGCGGCGGUGGCAACACCGACGACGACAGCGGCUGUUCGACCAACUACGUUGAAUUUGUGUUCAGACUCCGGCCAGGUCGUUCUGCGCCAGAAGAACCAUCAUCACCACCACCAUCAACCGCUCAAUUCGUCGGCCCUGACCAUCGAGGAGGACGAGCGGAAAACCCGCCGGAUAUCGUACCUGCGGGCGACGGCCCACGAAAACCUGUUCCAGAUGAUGAUGGACGGAAGCGAUCCGUCGGAUAGUAGUCCGAUGUCGCUGCCGCCGGAUACGCCCGAUACGGAACCGGAGGCGAAUGUCGGGGAUGUUGGCGGAGUGCUCGCCCAGCAGCCACAACAGCAUCAGCAACUCCAGUUAUCGAAUCUGCAGACGCAGCAACCGGCGUUGAGUUCCGUUGCUUCGCAACCGCAGCAGCUGAAAAGCGCGUAUCGUCCCUGGCGACGUCCGCGACUGACCACCGACAUCCAACCGCUGCGGAGAUUGUUCGAUGAGUCAGCCCCGGUGAUAAAUUUACCACCGAUUCUCGAACAGCAGCAACAACCCCAGCCGUCAUCGGAACCGACGACCCCCACAACGCCGACCAACACUGAAGCGGGAUCGGUGCUGGAUUUGUCCAAGCUUGGGGCCGGAAGUAGCGAUGGGGAGGAUGGAGGGAUGUCACCUCCACCGCGGCUCCUCGGACUUCAGAAGCAGAAGCGAUCUUCUUCGCUGACGACGGCGAUGCUUAGCAGUCAGCUGGGCGGGAGCAGCAUGGGCAAUUUGCACGUGAUUACAACGACGUCGGCUUCAGGGGUCGUCACCAGAAGUUACUUCUUUGCUCAGAGCCACAGUGCCAAAUCGAAAGCGCUGGCACACUUCCGGGACUCGCCGGCGGACCCCUCGGUGCCGGUGCUGCGCGAGGGCGAACUCAACAUCAAGGUGACGCUGAUCGACGGGAAGCGCUCACAGGAUCGCAGCUGGCGGACGGUGCACGCCGAGUUGCGCGGCAACCGGUUGCGGUUGACGUUGCUACGGGACACCGGCAAGGCGUCCAGUCAGAGCCCCGAACCGUCCGGGAUAAUCGAUCUCACCAACUUUCACGUGGCCGAGGGCAACUACACCAAGCGGAAGAACGUUUUCAAGCUGACCACAGUCAACUACCCGAAUCCGCACCAACAACAGCAGCACGGCCAGCAUCAGCAGCACUAUCCGUUCGGCCUGAUGGGCACCGGACCAACAUCGGCCCAAUCGCACCAGCAUCUGGCGCUGCACCAUACGCAGUCGGCCGGAGGAGGGCUGGGUUCGAUGGGACCAUCUUCGGGGUCCUCCUCGUUGUACAAGGGCUACGAGCGGGAACUGCUGCUGCAAGCGGACUCGCACAACGAUAUGCGCCUGUGGAUGGACUCGCUGCGGACCGUCUGCCGGAGCAGUCAGUACCUGAAUAGUAGUGACUACAUCAACAACCUGGGAGGUCAGCAGGCGGAACCGCAACGGGUGGCCGCCCUAACCAGUGUGCAAUCGACGAGUAACGACGAAUUUUCUCCGGUUCUUUCGGCGAAAUCGCACCGUAAGUAUGCUUUGGGGUCGAGGUCACCGUCGGGUCAGUCGCCGGUCACCAAGAGCCGGAAGACGCCGCAGCAGAGUUCGGUGGCCGUCCUAACUCCGGCGGCCGUGUCCAGCAGCAAUCAAUCUCACAGCGGAAAGGAGAGUUCCGACAAGGAAACCGGUUCGCCCAAGUCCAAAACCUGGAAGGGCAUCGUGGCUCGCCAGUUCCGGAAGAUGCAGGGACAACCUGGAUCUCCGGGUGCUCAAAACGCGGAGAUGCUCCUACCGGAUGGAGCAUCCAUCAACGUUCCCCUACAGUUGUGUCCUCCGUCGGACGAGAACCCGUACGUCCCACUACUGCUAGCCAAGUGCACCAACAUUGUCGAAUCCAAGGGUCUCGGGGUGAUCGGAAUCUACCGGAUACCGGGCAACACGGCGGCCAUAACCCAACUCACCGAACAGGUUAACCGGGGUAUGGACGAAGUGACCCUCCGUGAUCCCAAGUGGGACGACGUCAACGUGGUGUCCUCGCUGCUCAAAUCCUUUAUCCGAAAUCUCCCGGAACCGUUGCUCCCGAACGAAAUGUACCAUAGCUUUAUCAACGCCGACAAACUGACCGGCCAGCAAAGACUGAUCGAGCUGAGGCAGCUCCUCCAUCGGAUCCCGGCGUACAACUACGAAACGCUGAAGCACCUGAUGCGCCACCUGAACGUCGUGUCGACGAACGCCCAGGUCAACCUGAUGGACCCCCGGAACCUGGCGAUCGUGUUCGGGCCAUCGGUGGUCCGCUCGGCGAACGAGUCGCUCGAGACGGCCGUCAAGGACAUGAAACACCAGUGCCAGAUCGUCGAGGUGCUCAUCAAUCAUUAUUCCUACUUCUUCGAAGACGAUCUAUUGCCGAGUGUGGUGGAGAAACCGUCGACGACCACCGUCGAUUGCGGCUUGGACGUGCCGUCAGCGUCGCUGUUGUUGGAUAAUGUUUCUAAAAUUGAACCCUUCAAAGAAUCAUCCAAGGAGAGUAGCUCCCACUUUGUGGCUCAGAUCGUACAGGCGGCCAAUAGAAAGAUUCGAAGAACGGCACAGCGCAAGAGCACCAUGUCCUCGACGACACCGGACACCCUCUCACUAGACAGUACAACGUCAGCGGAAUCGAAGGAACAAUCCUCUCGAUCAUCAUCCCAGCAGCACCACCACCAUCGGUAUCUCCAUCCGAGCAGCGCAGCUGGUCUCGUUUCCGGUGCCGCGGGCGACAACCGUUUGUCUUCGCCGCCGGAUCCGGCGGCCAGCCCGGGCGUACACUCCGACGACAGUCAAAAGGAGAAUCAACUGCUGGUUCAUCAGCAGCAGCAGCACUACUAUCAUCAUCGUCAUCAACAACAACAGCAGCAGCAACAGCACCAUUUCUAUCACAAUCUUCGCGGAGAACCCGGUGGAGUCGUAGGAGGCGGGAAUCGGCACCACAGCACCACCAGCCAGAGCAACGACGACAACUCAUCAGUAUUAAACCGAUCGUCCGAGGACGACUCGAACGACAGCGCAUUUGCCGAUAAUGGUUCGAUGUCCCUGAAGACGAUCACGAUCACGCUGGACAACAAGCUCCGUUCGUUGCGCAAUUCCUCCAUCGACGACUCCGAUCGGGACGUGGUGGAUACGAUGCUGGAAAGUGACAACAGUAGCAGCUGCUACAGUGCCAGUGGUGGUACCGGCGGUGCAGGCCCUCUCGGAGGAGGAACCAAUUCGACACCUACGCGCCGUUCGGUGCACCAUUCGCGCCCUCUCACGCUCGGUGAAAACAUUCCAUAUGCGGACGAAUCACCGGAACGGCCGUUGAUUCAGACGCGGGCCAAGCCGCUGCGGCAGCAGCAUAACAACAACAAUAAUAAUGGAAACUUCCCGAAGGCGGCGGUGGACAGUUCGAGCAACAGCAAUCUGGUCAACAACAACAACAACACCAGCUACGGCAGUGCUGGCAACGCGGACGAUUCCGUCAAGUCGGCCCAAUCUCAAAAGUCCAUCGACAGUGGCGGGACGACCACAAAUUCGAACGACAGCUGCGUCACGUUGGUCAACGAGGACGAUGACGAAGAUGACAAGGUGAACAACAUCUCGAUCAGUUCCGAUGAUACGGACACGUCCACAACAAGCAACCCCCGAGAAAAACUAACGUCCACCUACCGGAUCGAUACCGAGGUGCUGAAAAAGAUGAACCGCAUUCUGACCAACCUGGAACGGAAGGCCAACAAUCUGGAGCGGAAGUUCAACCUGAACCGGUCGCUAUCCCUCAACUACAAGAACCACAAGAAUCUGGAGUGCUGUUGUGGGCACGCGGUUCCGGCGGCGCCCGGAGCCGUGAUCCCGUGCUGUCACAACAACAACAACCUGCACGGCCACCAGAACCAGAACAACAACAGCAUCAGCAGUGGUGGCGGCAGCGUGAUGAGCAUGAACGGCGGUCUGAACCUGCGGUCGCGCCUCAUGCUGACCAAGGACGAGAAGACGGACAAGAACAUCAACCGGCGGAGGCAGAUUCACGACGUGAGUCAAACGGUGCCGAUGGGCGGUGAGGCCGCCGCCGGAACGUGCUGUGGGGCGGCGACUACCGGACCGCAGAUUAUCCUGACUCCGUCGGCGGCGGUGAAUCCUCCGACGGGUGGUCGAACCCGGAGGCAGAUGGGGAACCGGUCGAUCCGGAGGAGACACACCGUCGGGGGAACGCACGAUUAUGGGGCGACGACGGUGGUCAGCAAACAUGGCGCGGUUGGGCAUAAUGGGUGUCCGCAGCAGCACCAGCAUCAGCAUCAAGGGAUGGCGGCCAGAGUGAUAGGGGCUUGUGGGGUGGGGCCGGUUGUGCCGCAGCAGGGGGUUUGUGGAGGUGACGAGAAGGAGACUCGAUGUGACUGAGCGGGACGGAGCUAGGGAUGUCACGGUGGUUGGAUAAGUCGAUUAACUGCGUGACAUCUCUACCGACGGAACCGGCGACGUUCGAUUGGUUUUCUUUGAAAAGGAUUUGUAUUUUUUGUGCACUUAGAUGAACGUUUUUUUUGGGUAGGAAGAAGAUAUGAUAUUCCUACAAGGUUUGUCGAUUUCAAAGUUUAUUCGAAGGUCUACUGUUAGUACCUUAAAUUGUUUGUAAUUUUUGUCAGUUGUAUCGAGAAAACUGUGGGUUGGCGUUGUUUAUUCAAUUCUUUCGUGGUACAACAUAUUAUAUCAUUCAUAUUUAUUAGUAGUAGUUACAUUACAGAACGUCGAUUUGGAACCUUGUCACACGAUUUAUAGUUCUUUCAAUAAACGUUAGUUCGAUUUCUUUUGAAUGUCAUUCUUGAGCAUUUCAAUGACUUCGUUUUUAAGUGUUUCUUGGGAGUCACCUAUUAUUUCCUUUUUGGAGCCACCAUUAUAUCUUUUUGAAAAGGUCUCUUCAAUUCGGGUUCAAGGGCCGUCCUAAUUAAUCUUAGAAUUCAUUCUUUUGCUCCUUAGGGACAAACCACAUAACGCUUUGGAGCCACCCUCAAGAAUUCUUGAGGACUACACUAAAAUCUCCAAGGGGUCACCUGGUUGUCUCGCAAAGGCCACCGUAUUGUCUCUUAGAGACCUCCAUGAGGUACGUCUUAAUGUCUCUUACAGGAACUACCUAUCUCGUUGAGGUCACCGUAAUGCGUCUCGACGGUGCUCUAAAGUGUCUUGGAAAUGUCUCUUAGAGGGCUCUUCAAUAUGACAUUAUGGGACUUCCUCUUUGGAGCCACUCUAGAUAUUACUAAGGGCUUAUCAAAUGCCCCUCAGUAGCCACCUCAACGUCGAUUGGAUGUCAUUCCAAUGCCAAUUUACAGGCCAUGCAAAUGUCCCUAAAGAUGCCUCCCCAAUAUCAUUUUGAGUGGCCUUUGGAAACCAUUCCAAAAUGCUUUGAGGGUCAUCUUAAUGUCCCUUAACCCUUUGGAGCCGGAGGGGUCAUAUAUGACCCCGGCGAUGAAACCGAGCAUAACAAACGUGUUCGAUACCAGCGAGGUUGCGUCAACAGCGGCAAACAAAUCGGCUCCAAAAGGUUAAAGGUCUCCUCAAAUUGGCUUUCAGCGCCGUAAUGUGUGUGGAAGCCUCUCUAAAACACAUCAUGUCCCUUAGAAUGCUCCUAAAGGUGUUUUAUAGACCUUUUCAAUAUGAUUUCAUGGGGAGUCCUCUUAGGAGCCACCAUAGAUAUUACUUAUCAGGUUUCCAAAUGUUCCUCAGGAGCCAUCUUAAUGUCGAAUGGAUGACACUCUAGAACCUUUGGAAAUCAUCAUUUUGUCUCUUAGAGAGCUCUUCAAUAUGACUUUAUGAUGCCACCUCUGAGGAGCCACCCUAGAUAUUACUAUAGUAGUACGUCAAUUGGAUGUCAUUCCAAUGCGAUUUGAAGGCCAGACAAAUGUUCUUAAAGUGGCCUACACAAUAUUACUUUAAAGACUGCGGCAUCCUUUCUGUUAGGUCGUCACCGUAAUUGUUCCCAGGGCACUCUAUUGUCCAUUGAAAGUCACUAUUGUUUCUCGAAGGCCAAGGAAAUGUCCUUUGCAAGCUGUAUUUGUGGGCAAUCCUAAUGCAUCUUUGGAUCGAUAUUUUGUUCCUCAUAGACCAGGGUCCUAAUUACUUUAAUGUCCUUGGGAAGCCACUCCGAUUUGCUUUGAGGAUCAUCUUAAUGUCCCUUAGAGGUUUUUAGGGCCCCGCAAUAUAUGUGAAAGCCGCUCUAAAGUAUCUUGGCAAUCAUUCUAAUGUGGGCGCUACUAAGGUAAUAAAGGGUCAUAUUGACUUCAUGGGGCGUCCUCUUAGGAGUCACCUUAGAUAUUACUUAAAGGGUUUCCAAAUGUCUGUCAGGCGCCACCUUAAUGUAGCUUGGAUGUAAUUCUUAUACGAUUUAAAGCCCAUGCUGAUGCCCAUAAAAGAGUUACAUUACACAUUACUUAGAGGUUUCCAAAUGUCUCUCAGGAGCCGUCUUCAUGCAGAUUGGACAGCCCUUUAGAACCUUAUGAAAUCAUUCCAAUGAGGGCCAUCCCAAUGUUUCUUAGAGGUCUUCUCACUUUGGCUAUAAGGGCCGUCUUAAUGUAUCUUAGCCUUCCUCAUUACGCAAUAUGGAUUUUGGGCUGUUCAGGCUGUCCCAAUGUAUCUUUGGAAUAAUAUUUUUGUUCCUUAACAGCCACUCCCAUGUUUCUUUGGAGUCCUAACUACUCUAAUGCCUUUUGGAGGGUCAUCUUAACUUUCCUCAGAGACUUCCUCAAUUAGACAUUCAGAGAUGCAAUGUGUGUGUGAAAGUCGCUCUGAUGUAGCUUGGAAGUCAUUCUAAUGUGUGUCAAGGGCCAUCCUGUGGUCCCUUAGAGGCCUCUGAGACUUCAUGGAGCGUCCUUAGAUAUUAUUUAGAGGUUUCCAGAUGUCCCACAGGAACCAUCCAAAUGUCGACUGAUUGGAUGCCAUUCCGAUGUGAUUUAAAGGCCAUGGCGAUGUCCCCGGUGAGGCCAUCGUAGUAUUAUGGGCCGCCGUAAUUCAUCUAAGAAGCACCCUUCAUCUUAGAAGUCUCCAUCUUUCACGGUUCGAAGAAAGUCAUUCUAUUGUACCUCAUAGGCCAAGUAAUGUCCCUAGGAGGCCUCAUCAAUAUAAGUUUUUGGGCCGUCCUAAUGUAUCUUAGGAUCCACACCAUUGUCCCUUUUAAAAUGUUAGUUCUUCACACAACCAUUGUCCCUUAGGGAUCCCCAUAAUAACUCGUUGAACCCCUAAUUACUCCAAUGCCUCUUGGAAGCAGCUACUGAAAUAUGCUGUAAGGGUCAUCCUAAUGUCCCUAAGAUAUGGCUUUAAGGACUGUAAUGUGCUCUGAAAUUUCUUGGAUCAUUCUUAUGGGCGUCAAGGGUCUUCUAAUGUAUCUUAAGGCUUCUUCAAUAUGACUUUCUGAGGCUAUCCUCUUCGGAGCCACCUUAGAUAUUAGGAUGGCUCCAGAAGGGACAUUUGUACAUCUCGAAGUAUACUCUGUCUCUCUGGAGCCAUCUUCAUAUCUAAGGUGGCUCCUAAGAGAAGCUACCUUAUCGAUUAAAUGUCAUUCCGAUGUGAUUGAAAAGCCAUACAAAUGUCCUCAAAGAAGCUUUCCUAAGGACGUCGUAAUUUCUCUAAGAUGCAUCAUUCCUCUUAGGAGUCAUCAUAAUGUCUUUCAGGGCAUCCAUGAAUGUCCGUCGAAAUUCACACUCUAUUGUACCUCAAAGACCAAGCAUAUGUCACUUGUAGGCCUCUUCAAAAUCGACUUUUGGACCGUCCUAAUGUAUCGUAGGAUCCGUACAACAUCUCAAUUUUUCUUUGGGGUCCUAAAUACUCGAAUGCCACUAGGAAGGUACUCUAACAUGCUUUGUUGUUUCUCCUUAGAAGCCUCCUGAAUAUGGCUUUGAAGGCCGUCGCUUACGGAGUAUCCAGGGGCCAUCUUAGUGUCACUCUCGCGUCACCAUAUCAUUUCUUAAGGUCCACCAUAGUCCACCCUUGGAAGCCACUCUUGUGUGUUUUGAGGACCAUCCCAAUGGUUCAGAGAGGUCUUCUUAAUGCUGCUCUAAGGUCUGAUUUAUUGUUUCUCAGAAGACAUGUUUUGACCCUUAGGGGCUUCCUCCAUGUUGCUACUUGUAGGUACCACCCUAGUCCCUAAUAUCUCUCUGGAGUCAUCUUAGGCGUUACAUAGAAGCCAUUUCAAUGCCUCUCAGGAGAAAUUCUAGCGUCCAUUGGAAGUCACUCUAGUGUCCCUUAGAGGUAUCCCUUACAUGGUUCGUUAAGAACCUCGUUAUUGACCCUUUGGGAGUCAUCCUAAUGCUCGUAGGCAUAAUCCUUUGUAGGUACACCCUACUGUUCUAAUGUGGCCAACGUAAGGCAUUUUGGAGGCCACGCUAGAGAACCAUAGGGACCACCAUCGAUGCUUUUUGGGGCUCCCUGUUGUUUCUUAGAGGUUAUCAUAAUGUUUCCUAGGAAUUGCAGCAGGUUUAUGUACACUCGUAGAAUAAACAACACACUUGGCGCUGAAAUCUCUAUUCGAAUGAAAUGACUCUACAUUUGAUUUACACUCGCGGCGAGUCACCUCAUUCAUGUCCAGGUUUCUCACCUCGAUUUACGAUUUGAGCUGAGUCAUGUCACUCCACUUGUACGCUGAACACAAUUAGCUUGCUUUUUGUGCUCAUUCUACGAGGGCAGUGUAGUGCAGGCUGUGACACAAUUGAACUUGAAGUGAUUUCUCAUUUUGAGCUCAUACUACGAGAGGGGAGUGAGAAGAGCCAACUGAGAUGAUUCUUAUUUCUUUUACAUUUGACGUUUUUCUACUGCGAGUGAGAGAUGAAAUGUCCCUAUCACUAAGAUGCAGUUGAGUCAGACGACAACUCAUUCCGUUUGAUUCGAAAUAUCUCACCUCACUCCACUCGUAUUUACGAUGAAAAGCUAAUUGAAGCGUCUCAUUCGUAUGUAUAUCUUAUGACUGAAGUGAGGAAACAUAAGUCGACCGAGUCGAAAUGAGUAGUGAAAAGAGUGAAUCGAAAUCGGUGACUUGUAUAGUUAAAACGGACUUAUUCUGCGCGUGGAGUAAGGCGACACAGCCAGAUUCGCACACCGAAGUGAGAAACUUCUACUCGAAUGAGGUAAAUUGAGGUGUCGUUUUCUCAUUUUGCUCGUGGAAAAACUCCAUUUGAUCCGUGCGAUAAGUCAUUUGAUUCGAGGCUUCUCACUUAAAAGUCGAGCUGUGUCACCACGCUUCAUCGCUCAUUGUACCAGCUGAGUGACGUGACGCAUUUCAACUCGUAUAUCGAGUUGAGAAAUCUCACCUCGAAUGAGCUGUAAAUCAAGUGGAGAGUCUCCUCAUUCAAGUCGAGAUUCCUCAACCCGAAAACUGAGUCAAAAGGCGUCACAUCCCUCCACUCCUAGAAUGAACACCAAAUCUAGGUACUAGUCGCUCUAUUGCUUGUGAAGAUGAUUUUGUUUUGUUUCACAUUUGAUGUUGUUCUACAGUGAGUGAGAGGUGAGAUGUCCCUGUCACACAUGAGAAAUACGAUAGAGAGUCGAGUCAGGCGACAACUCAUUUCGUUUAAUUCGAGAUAUCUCAUCUCACUCCACUCGUAUGAGCUCAAUUAGAGCGAUUCAUGCGUGUAUAUGUAUACUUAUUUAUCUACUGAAGUGAGGCAACACAGCUCCAUGUCGAAAUGAGGUGUGUAAUGAGAAAUUUCGAACUGAAUUCGGUAACUUCUACAGUUAAAACGUACUUAUUCUACGAGUAAAGUGAGGCGAUACACAGCAAGACUCGCACAUUGAAGUGAGAAACCUCGACUUGAAUGAGGUGACUUGCCAUGUAAACCAAAGGGAGAGUAAUCUCAUUCAAGCUGAGGUUUUUCCUCUAGACGUGAGAGUCGAGCCGUACCACCUCAUUCUACUCGUAGUAAAACUUCAUUGGAUUCGAUUCGAGGUGUCUCACUUCGACUUACUUCACUUGUUCUUUCGACUGUACACGUCAUUCAAUUCGAUUAGGAAUUGCUCACUUCACUACUCUUUUCGCAGUCGAGUCAUAAAAGAAUCCUACACAUGAAUUGCUCUAAUUGGGUUCAUUGUUAAUAGGAGUGGAGUAGGAUGAGAUAGCUCGAUCUCAUUUGGCGAUAUAAAAAAACUAAUCAAAAAGAAUGAAUCGUCGUUUGACGGCACUGCCAUGUACUUCUCAUCAGAAACAGAGACGUCUCACCUCUCACGCACGGCAGAACAACGUUAAAUGAGAAGCAAAUAAGAGAAUCAUCUCAGUUGACGCUUCUCACUUCUCAUUCGUGAAGGGAGCACAAAAUGAGGAAACACGUAAUUCCUUGAACCAAAUGAGCAAGUCACUUCUGGUGUGAUCGAGACAGCUCAUCUCACUCUCGUGUGAAACAAGUGGAGAGUGAACUGAAGUAAGCCACUUCACUUCUGCUGUCUCAUCUUGCUUCACUCGUGAGAUAUCUCGACUCACAUUGAGUUAAUCGCCAUUUGCAUGCAAAGAGAAACUCAUUAAUCGAGAUUUUACCACUUCUUCUGAGACAUCAAGAAGACUUGCCUUACUCCACUUGCAUAAUAAAUCUAAAUGUACAACAACUGAGAGUGAGUUAACCUUGCUCAUCUUAACCAGCUCAUACCUCUUGACGCAAUUAGUAGAAAACCAUUGUCAGUACGUAACCGGAGGCUUCUUUAAUCAGUGAAGAGACGUGAUAUAUUGAUUGGAGUAAGGUAUUUUCAUUUUAAAGCAAGUCUCUUCAUUCUUGUUGAGAUUUCUCACUUCGCUCGCAUCGAGCUGUUUCUCGAAUCGAAUGAAGUGACUCAUCGAUGGGGAAAUAGUAGAUUCUUAUUGGAAUUUUGUCACUCAACAACUUUGCUGAGUAGUGAAAAGCAUUUCAAGUUGAUGCAGGAAAGAAUGAAACAGUUUCUUGAACUGCAAGAAAACUGCAAUAAAACAAUUAUUUCCCUUUCAGAUGAACUCCCAUCUACAUCCUGUGUUCAACAAAGUUUUUGAACAGUACAAUUCCUAUAAGAUUAUCAUUCAUCAUGCCAUCUAACGGUGAAAUCUUAUCCUUUAAUCGUCAUAUCUGUAAAACAUAUUCAGUGCACGAACAAAUUUCCCCUUCUCAAGCGAAUCCAACCAACAAAGCGCGCCUGUCCUGCUAGGCAAGACCAAACAAAUCAAAAGUCGAAUCAAAACAUGCAAGACGAAAAGAACUGAAAUUCAUAAUCAAUAAACAACCUAACGGAGUACACACUUUAGAAUAACCGAAUCGUACCAAAAACAUAAACGGGAAAUGGCGGAAAUGAGUUCCCCUAGUUCAUUCCCAUCUACGAGUGAGAUCUAUAUUUUGGCGGCAAAAAGCGUCAAACAUUUGUAUACGCAGUCCAAGAAAAUAAUGGCCGAAACUGAAACACAACAACAAACAAACAAACAAUAUCACACAUUUAUACAGUAUUUAUACCGCGUCCUUUUUUACUGUGUGUAAGCUAUACAUAAUCGUAUUGAACCGAACCACGUUCCAAACACGGAGCACGGAAAAAUUCUGACUUACAUUUAUCAUGCCUGCUAUUUCCACAUCUGUCAUACGAACAUAACCUUAAAAACACGAAAAUAUUAUAAACAUAACCACAACCCAACCAAUACGAAUGCAUACGAAAUCAAAGUAGCCUAAAAUACCAUUCUAAACUUUUAUGACUGUGAAAACAUGGACACGUUAUUUUCCGUGUUUUGACACGUUUCGACGACGGAUCAAGUAGGCCUAUAGUGCGCGGCGCAGCAUCUGUCAAGGCCGUCGGAAACCAUUUUCUCUCUUAUAACAAGAAAACGUAAACAAAACAAA